AUGAACAACACCAUGGAAGCUGGAUUUGAGCCCGAGCUGGGUUAUGCUCUGUUCUAUGGCUCUAUUAUGGCGCUGGGUCUGCCUCUCAAUGCUGUCUCAUUGUGGAUUCUGCUGAGACACCACAGCCUCAAAACCCCCAGCGCUGUCUUCAUGGUCAACCUGGCCAUCUCUGACCUGCUGCUGGUCAUCUCCUUGCCCAUGAGGGUCUACUUUUAUGCCACGGGCACCUGGCCUCUGAGUGAUGUGGCAUGUACUUGGAUCACAAUGCUCUUUCGUGACAACAUCCGCUCCAGCUCCAUCUUCAUCACCUUCAUCAGCGUGGACCGGCUGCUGGCUGUGGUUUAUCCUCUGAGGUCACGCCAUCUUCGGACCGCUUGCAACGCUCUGAAAGCUGUUGGGCUCGCUUGGCUGAUUGUGUUGGUGAUCAACAUCCCAAAUAGGGUAAUAUUUUCAAGAUUUUUAGAGAGCUACAAUAAAUCCACCUGUUUUGAAUAUCACGAUAACCAUCAACAUCCCCACCAUAAUGGACCAGUCAUUGCUUAUGUUCAGUCUGCGAUUAUACUCACCAUGCUGGCAGUCAACAUUGUGUGCACCACUUUGGUGUCUUGGACCCUUCACACACAUCUCAGUGACUCAGCAAGGGUCAACAACAAGAUCAAUGUCAUGCUGAUUUUUGUCAUGAACUUGGUUAUGUUUAUCAUAUGUUUCCUGCCUUUGUCUCUUAGUUUAUUGAUUAAUGGGACUGCAUCUGAACUUUUAGUAUGUCUCGCUACCGUGAACUGCUGCUUGGAUCCACUGUUGUAUUACUUUUCUCUGGAUGCCUUCUGGAAGAAGAAAGAGGAUGCAGAUCUUCCAAGAGAAUAGUAGACAAACUGUUUCAUGAAAUGACAUCAGAUUUCCAGUGAAUCCCUUUCUGAUUUUGGUUUGGAUGGGAACCCCUUUUGCCUUCAAGUUUAACAAUGUGAUGGAUUUUAAAAAAUCGAUCGAUUGUGCCUUUAAUAAAAUGUUAAUCUGUCCGGAGCUUAUAUCUCUGUAGGCCUAUAAUGCAUCAGAUUUCAAGUCUUUAAAUUUAUGUUAAUCAUUCAUAGUCCAUGUCAAGUAAAUGUGUAUAUUAUUAAAAUCAAAAAUUGAAUUUACUGUAUUAUUUUUCAGGGAUUUUUUUGUUCUUUCUACAUUAUGUGCAAAUUCCAUAAAAAAGUGAUUUUUUUUAUCACAAAUAUUAACCAUAAAAUGUACGUUGAAAUCUGUAUAUAAAUAUAAUGGGAUAUUAUAUUU